UCCAGUCAGGAAGCCCAAGUACGUGGAGAGUCCUCGCGUACCCUCCGAUGCCAUCGUGUCAGCUCUAAGGAAGGUGGGCGAUAACAAGGAGUCAACCCGCAAUGCACAUUAUGCAGCUGGAUGGGCGGGGCUGUGCUGCACACCUGUGGCACAUUUGGAGCGCUCAUUAUUUAAGGACUCCUGUCACCGUCUGCGAGUGUCGGACUAUUGCAUUUGCUUGUUACCUGCUUUGCUUACCGCUGUGUGCUCAUCGUCACCCUUGGUGCUUCCCGACAUUCUUCGAUCGUGUUCUGGUUUGAUCUCAUUUACCUUUGUGUUUUAUUGGGAUUUUGUAAUUAUAAUUUUGUACUGUUAUAUUCACGCCAUUUUGGCGUGCUCUCUCAGUUGUAUUUUCUUACUCGCGUUUUCUAGCGUGCUCUCUCAGUUGUAUUUUCUGACCCGCGUUUUCUAGCGUGCUCUCUGUUGUAUUUUCUUACCCGCGUUACUUAGCGUGCUCUCUCAGUUGUAUUUUCUUACUCGCGUUACUUUGGCGUGCUCCCUUUGUUCUCGUUUUUUGUAAUAAAUACUUCUAAUUUCAAAGUCUGUGUUUGGAUCCAUAUUGUAACAUAACAGAAUAGUCCGACCAUGGAUCCCACAGAUUCUGAAAGUACUCGUCGUGUAAUCGCCUGUCACGGUCACGUGAUCAGCCAGCACGAACAGUCACUGCGUGAACUAGCAAACGCGAUCGGCUCGCUAAUUACACGAGUAGAAAAGAUGACGUCACCUUCACAGUCUUGUGGCAUAGUUGACGCUGCGGUGGCGCCCGAUCAGCUCCCUCCCUCUUCGAUGGGUCCGCCGGCGUCCUUUCGGGAGCCGGUGUUGCCACACCCCCAUCGAUAUGAGGGAGAACCCGGUGCUUGCCGACAAUUUUUGCACCAGUGCUCCCUUGUUUUUGACCAACAGCCAUACACAUUUGCGAGUGAUAGCUCCCGUGUAGCAUAUGCCAUGAGUCUCCUCGCCGGUAAAGCUGCUACGUGGGCCAUGGCGGUAAGCAACUCUACACCCACGAUCCGUCAGUCAUACGAGACUUUUAAGACUGAGUUUAUGAGGGUUUUUGACCAUCCGGUUAAAGGCAAGGAGGCAGGCAGCCGCCUGCUGGAUUUUUUUCAAGGCGAUCUGUCUGUGGCGGACUACUCCAUUCAGUUCCGCAUUUUGGCCGCGGAGUGCGGUUAUGGCGAAACGGCUCUGUGUGGUAUUUUUCGGCGGGGGCUGUCGCCUGCUGUCAAAGAUGAGUUGGCGGCCCGGGAUGAUUCAUCGGGUCUGGAGGACCUGAUUUCUCUGUCCGUGCUUUUGGACAAUCGUCUGAAGGAGCGCGAGAGGGAACGAGCCAUGGAGACUCGGGGACGUCGUUGGCCUUCGCCGCGGGGCGGCCCGACAGCGGACCGUGCAGAUGGCUUCGUCGAGCCGUCAUUUGUCUCCACGCCGACGCGGGGUCCAGGCUCGACAGGAGUGGAGCCUAUGCGACUCGGUGGCGGUCGUCUUUCUGCAGCGGAGCGACGGAGACGGAUGACAACGGGUUUGUGUCUGUACUGCGGCUUGCCGGGGCACCAUGUCGCCGCCUGUGACGCGAUCCCUUCAGGUCGCCUCGGAUCUUCGGCCGCUGGGGCUCCCCUCGCCCGAGGGGGAACGAGAUUCAGGCAUGACCGCAGUCCAUCGAACGAGUUGCCUCGCGACAAAUUAAAUGAACCAAUACACCCUCGAGGUGAUUUGAGACUGCAACUGCCGGGAGAGGUGUCAUAUAGUGGGAUUAAUUUUAGGUUUACUGCUUUAGUUGAUUCGGGGGCGGAUGACUGCUUUAUAGACCGAAGUGUUGUUGACGCUCUUAAAUGUCCGUUGAUAAAACUAGCUCGGCCUAAAAAGGUUUUAGAUCUCGAUGGGCGACCCCUGGCGGACGUGAGAUUUAUUACGCCUCCGCUCAAAACAAAGCUUUCCGGUAAUCAUUUUGAGAUCCGUAGUUUUUUAGUGAUGCCGUGCAAGUCGGCUCCAGUUGUACUUGGGCUCCCCUGGUUAAAAGUGCAUAACCCUAAUAUUGAUUGGGCCAAGACACAAGUAGUGACGUGGAGCUCAUUUUGUUAUGCGCACUGCUUACGUUCUGCAUGUUUACUUCCUGGUCAAACGCAGGCGGCCAUCGAGCCGGUCAAUUUGGAGAAUGUUCCGGCCGAAUAUCAUGACCUCCAGCACGUUUUUAGCGAAGAGCGUGCCAAGACCCUGCCACCGCACCGUCCGUACGACUGUGCAAUUGAAUUAUUGCCUAAUGCCGCGUUGCCUAGCUCUAGAUUAUACCAGGUCUCUAAACCGGAACAAGAGGCAAUGAGGGAAUACAUCUCCUCUUCCUUGGCUGCUGGCCUUAUUCGCCCGUCAUCUUCUCCUUUGGGGGCGGGGUUUUUCUUCGUCGGCAAAAAAGAUGGGGGUCUUAGGCCGUGUAUCGACUAUCGGGGUCUCAACGAGAUCACUAUCAAAAAUAAAUAUCCGCUGCCGUUGUUGGAUUCGGCUUUUGCUCCGUUGAAAUCAGCCACAGUAUUCACCAAAUUAGACUUGCGCAGCGCUUACCACUUAGUCAGGAUUCGUGAGGGAGACGAGUGGAAAACCGCUUUCAAAACCCCGCUCGGGCAUUUCGAGUACCUGGUCAUGCCUUUCGGCCUAACUAACGCACCUGCUGUUUUUCAGAGCCUCAUAAAUGAUAUAUUGCGUGACAUGCUAAAUGUGUUCUGUUUUGUUUAUUUAGAUGACAUUCUGAUAUUUUCUAGAAGCCUGCAGGAACAUCACCAACAUGUCCGCAUGGUUCUGCAAAGACUACUAGAAAAUAAACUGUUUGUCAAAGCUGAAAAGUGUGAGUUCCACCAAGGGUCAAUCCAGUUUCUUGGUUUUAUUGUGGAAAAAGGGCAGCUACGACCUGACCCAGCUAAAAUUAAGGCAGUAGCAGAAUGGCCGACUCCCACUUCACGUAAGCAAUUACAAAGAUUCCUUGGGUUUGCCAAUUUUUAUAGGCGUUUUAUCCAAAAUUAUAGUAUGAGGGCUGAGCCCCUGACCAGGCUGACCUCUAACAAACGCCCCUUUGUGUGGUCUCCAGUGGCAGAGGCCGCAUUCGUAAGUCUUAAACGGUCAUUCACGAGCUCGCCCGUCCUUGUCCAUGCUGACCCAGAUCUUCCUUUUGUGGUCGAGGUUGACGCGUCGAGUUCCGGAGUGGGGGCAAUCCUGUCCCAGAGGUCUUCAGUCGACCAGAAACUGCACCCCUGUGCCUUCUACUCCCGCCGCCUCACCCCUGCCGAGGCGAAUUACGAUGUGGGCAACAGGGAGCUGCUCGCUAUAGUCCAGGCUUUGCAGGAAUGGAGGCACUGGUUGGAGGGCACAGAGGUACCGUUCCAAAUACUUACCGACCACAAGAACCUGCAAUACCUUCGGGCCGCCAAGCGUCUCAACUCACGCCAGGCCCGUUGGGCAUUACUCCUGACGCGAUUCAACUACGUGAUCACUUACCGUCCAGGUUCAAGAAACGGGAAGCCCGAUGCACUUUCAAGGCUUCAUGAGCCAGCGGGGGAGGAGCCUUCGGAGGAGCCUGUUGUUCCUGGAAACCUGAUAGUCGGCACGCUACGCUGGGAGGUCGAACGGCUUGUGGAAGAGGCCCUGCAAGGCGUUAAGGUGCCUGGAGGCUGUCCUGCUGGCAGGCUAUUUGUUCCGGUUGCUCAGCGUGCAGCAGUGCUGAAGUGGAGUCACACUUCAAAGUUCGCCUGCCACCCGGGUGUGUCCCGCACAUUCUUCCUACUUUCCCAAAAAUUUUGGUGGCCAGGUAUGAGAAAGGACGUCAUGGACUAUGUUUCUGCUUGCUCCGUCUGCGCUCGGGGCAAGGCAGUCCACCGUGCUCCAGCAGGACUCUUGCGUCCCUUGCCUGUUCCAUCUCGCCCUUGGUCCCAUGUUGCACUUGACUUCAUCACUGGCCUUCCACGCUCCAGGGGUCAUUCCGUCAUCUUGACAGUGGUGGACAGAUUCUCCAAGAUGGUACACUUCGUCGCUCUCCCAAAGUUGCCUUCGGCUCUGGAAACCGCUGACUUGCUGGUAACGCACGUGUUUCGGACUCAUGGCAUCCCGUGUGACCUCGUCUCCGACAGGGGCCCCCAGUUUGUCUCCCGGGUUUGGGCAGCGUUCUGCAAAGCCUUGGGGGCCACGUCAAGUUUGUCUUCUGGUUACCACCCACAGUCCAACGGGCAGACUGAACGGGUCAACCAGGAGCUGGAGGCCGCCCUCCGUUGCGUCUGUCACCUGCACCCAGCUUCCUGGUCUUCACACCUCCCUUGGGUGGAGUACGCUCACAACACCCUCGUUUGCUCAGCCACCGGGAGGUCACCUUUCAUGACCGCAUAUGGGUUCCAGCCGCCGCUAUUCCCGUCUCAGGAGGCCGAGGUCGUUGUGCCAUCUGUCCAGGUGCACCUGCGGAGAGCCCAUAGGGUCUGGAGAGACACUAGGGCGGCACUUGUCCGCACGGCAGCCCGCAACCGUCUGAUUGCUGAUCGCCAUAGGAGACCCGCUCCAGCUUAUCGUCCGGGCCAGAUGGUCUGGCUGUCGGCGCGGGAUUUACGCCUUGCUGGGACUUCUAAGAAGCUAGGCCCUAGAUUCGUGGGCCCUUUCGCGGUGGACUCUGUGGUGAACCCUGUCGCAGUCAGGCUGAAGCUUCCCAGCUCGAUGAAGAUUCACCCCGUUUUCCACGUCUCGCUGCUCAAGCCUGUCUCCACCUGUCCUCUGAACCCUCCGCCAGUGCCUCCUCCUGCUCCUCGCAUAGUCGACGGUGGACCAGUGUACACGGUGCGUGUCAUUCUCGAUUCCAGGAAGAGGGGUAGGGGGGUGCAGUACCUGGUCGACUGGGAAGGUUAUGGCCCUGAGGAACGUUCCUGGGUACCCCGCUCCUGGAUUCUCGACCCGUCACUUCUGCGGGAUUUCCACUCCCUCCAUCCGUUGAAACCAGGUGGUCCGCCAGGGGGCGUCCGUUGAGGGGGGGGUUCUGUCAUGUUUAUGUGCCUUCUCAGUUCUUUUCUUUCCUUUCCAGCACAUUAUGCAGCUGGAUGGGCGGGGCUGUGCUGCACACCUGUGGCACAUUUGGAGCGCUCAUUAUUUAAGGACUCCUGUCACCGUCUGCGAGUGUCGGACUAUUGCAUUUGCUUGUUACCUGCUUUGCUUACCGCUGUGUGCUCAUCGUCACCCUUGGUGCUUCCCGACAUUCUUCGAUCGUGUUCUGGUUUGAUCUCAUUUACCUUUGUGUUUUAUUGGGAUUUUGUAAUUAUAAUUUUGUACUGUUAUAUUCACGCCAUUUUGGCGUGCUCUCUCAGUUGUAUUUUCUUACUCGCGUUUUCUAGCGUGCUCUCUCAGUUGUAUUUUCUGACCCGCGUUUUCUAGCGUGCUCUCUGUUGUAUUUUCUUACCCGCGUUACUUAGCGUGCUCUCUCAGUUGUAUUUUCUUACUCGCGUUACUUUGGCGUGCUCCCUUUGUUCUCGUUUUUUGUAAUAAAUACUUCUAAUUUCAAAGUCUGUGUUUGGAUCCAUAUUGUAACAUAACAUAUACAUUCAACAUACUGUACAUAAGUACUGUAUUUGUUUAUUAUAACAAUAAGUCAACAAGAUGGCAUUAACAUUAUAAACAUUCUGUUAAAGCGAUCCAUGGAUAGAAAGAUUUGUAGUUCUUAAAAGAUAAUGUUAGUAUAAGUUAUAGAAAUUUUAUAUUAAAACCCCUCUUAAUGUUUUCAUUUUAAUAAAAUUUAUAAAAUGUUCAAUCAAAAAAAUAAACUAGUAGCUCGCCAUUGUUGAUGUCCAUAAUUACAGAUUUGCACAUGGUGCUGAAACCCAUAAAAUCAGUCGCACCCAAGUGCCAGCAGAGGGCGACAAAACACCAAAAAACACAAUUAACAAAUGGACAUGACACUGUGCUGUCAUUUUAAUCUGUUUGAGCGAGGCAUGUGCGUUAAAUGCAUCAAUAUUUUAACGCGAUUAAUUAAAAAAAUUAAUUACCGCCCGUUAACGCGAUCAUUUUGACAGCCCUACUUUGUAGCCUCAUCAUGCUGUAAUUACGUCAACCAAGUGGCGCUGGUUGGUCUCAUUUGCAAGUGCAGAAGUUGAGGUCCAAGCCCGUUUUUACUUGAAGUCAACCGACCAAGUAAAAUGGGAGAUAAUGUCAUUUGACUUUUCUGUUCAUAAAUAAACAUUAAAACGCUGCAUGGACCAUGUGUUUAUGUCCAUAUUUCCAUAAUUUCUGGUCCUUUUUCAAAACCGAAAGUGCCACGAAAAACUAUAUAUCCCAGGAGCUAUUGUGAGGUCACGAAGGACGGACAUAAUGUGAACAUUUUUCAUAAAUUGCCUAGCAAGGCGCCACAAGGAGAGGGAGGCGAAGUAGCGAGCGACGGCCGGUUGGAUUGAGCGAGCGUCUUUGACACACACGGAAUGAAUCGAAAACUACAUUUAGGGCAAGCUAAUGCAUUAUUUGAUCAACUCGAGGAAGAAGAUGGGCCGGAUUUAGCAUUGUUUUCUUGUGAGGAGUUGGCGAGAGUGGGCUCUGUGACGUUUUUUUGUGUUAGAUAUAUGGCGGAAAACACAGACAACACUGAAAAAGCAGUUUCUGCUCUUGCACUCCUCUUUAACAGAAACUGCUGUAUUUUAAUCCAAAAAAGCUGUUGUGUUUGAUAGAACAAUAUGUCUAUAUGCUGUCAUAGCAGAUUCAUGGCGCAUUUAGCCCCCGAACUAUUUUCAAUUUGUCCGUUUUACCCUGAAAACCCCCGUUUACAGACGUCGCGCAACCGCUUUUGUUUCAAUCUAGCCAUAAAACGAAGGUAAUUAAAUUUAUUUAUUAUUCAAAACGUCUGUCAUUCUUAGCUUAGAAUCAUUAAUUGAUGUUUAAUAUUUGUUUAAAAAAACCAACAACAAAAAACGACUUUAAUAAAUUAUUCACUCGCAUAUUUUAAACUUUUAAACAAAUUACGUCACAAUGGAAAAAAAUGGCGUCUGUAAAAAAGUCCCGGAUAUCUACCUCAUAACUAUCGCUUAAUUGUAUUUUUUUGUUAGUGUUGCAUUUUCUUCGAUAUAUUAGAUGAUAAAUAAUCGAUCCAAACAAAGAAAAAUUGGAAGAAAAAAAAAAAACGUUUAAAAGGGUAAAUAUAUGAAAAAGAAAAUUUCAACCACUCCUUGAUGUCUGUGAUUUCUGCUUCCUGACCCUUGUUAUAUUACCAUGUUUCACCCUUAAAAUCCCCCAAAAAUCCAGCUGUGGCCAUUCACAGGCGUGUCUUGACAGUCAGUCAUACAUACUACAUAGAGCUUCUGGAUCGAAACGAGGUAUUUACGCGAUAAUAUCUCGUUAAAGUCAUGGCGUCUUUAAUUUUGCUCUCGCGUGCUCUCGCCUCCAGAUACGUUUUUUUCUUUUUUUAAUAAAUGGCCUUCUGUUCAAAAUUUUUCUUCCCCCAGAAAAUUGAGAUUUUAAGCUUUCCAAUGAUGUAUCACACAUGCAUAUCAGACAAUUUUGAAAUUCGGCCAAAUCGGGGGUCUCAGAGCGGAACUUCUGUAUAUAACCUGUUUUGACCAUAGUAUGUAGAAAGAACAAAAACGCUGAUGACCAUACCUGCUGUUUCUGUUGAAUUAUCAAAUAUAAAACUAUUCAGUGUCAUUUUUUUUCUGUUGAACGUUUAUCCUAACACAGGGGUCCCCAACCUUUUUUGCACCACGGACCGGUGUUAUUUGGGUCUUUUUUUCACGGACCGGUGUUUUGACAAAUUUUGCAACCUAUCAAAAAUUGCAACGAUGCGGUUCUGCGCAUGCGCGUAAUGUUAAACAUAGCCGCAAAAUGCGCAAAUGCAGUGAUUCCAAAGUAAACACGACAAACUUUCUUGAAAGAAAGGAAUAUUAACUUACGUUUGAUCAUGGAAGGACUUGUAGAAAAGUUCUCCUCAGAUACAUCCUGCCAUGUAAGCUGCACACAACAACUUCACACCGCUCUCACCAUUAACGACUUCGCCUUGUUGUUAAACAUUAAUUAAGAAGCCCGCUUCACAAAGAUACGAUGUUGGAAAUUGUAGCACGGUUUUCAAUGUUCUUGUAGCGAUGUCAGGAUAUUCCAGAAUGACUUUAAUCCAGAACCUCGGUAGAGUUGUUGUCUCAAACGUACGUUUAAUAAGACUAUUGGUACAAUUGGCCCGAGCCCAAUUCUUUACCAUAAUUUACCCUUUACCCUGAAUCAACUGUUAAAAUUUAAAAUUGCUCCCAUUAUUGCAUUAGUUCCCUUCUCUCUACUUUCGACAUAUGAAAAUUUAAAAACUGUUUCAUCAUUUAAAGAUAGAUUCAAGUCAAGAUUUUGCCGAUUUAGAAGUAUUUUAGAUAAAAAGUUACUUAGGUUCGCUAGGAAGGUUCUCUACAACAGAGCCGUCCUAAAAAGUCUACUGCUUUAAGAUGGCGGCUGUCUACUAACGCAUUUAGUGUCUGUCAUUUUGCAUCUAGGUAUAUCUAUAUACAGUACAUGUGAUAUCUACCAUGUCUACCAUAUCUACCAUAACAUGCGGGCGUAGUUUGUAGCCUAUCGGCUACAACAUGUAUUAUUGGAGCUACCUAGCAUCGCGUUUGCUCGGCGUCACAACUUUCUUGCCUCCUCCCUACUCCUGCUCUGCUCUGUCGUCUCGGUGAGUCCGUCUCCCUCAGACUUUUCGACCAAUAUAGUAAAGCAUAGUAACGCAUGUCUUUCCGUCCUCAGUAACGGUAACGGCGUUGCCAAGAUGAGAAAAGUAAUUAAUUAGAUUACCCACUACUGAAAAAAAUAACGCCGUUAGUAACGCCGUUAUAUUGUAACGCCGUUAUUAACAACACUGGCUGCGCCCGCGGCCUAGCAAUACGUUAUUAUCGAGGACAAGCGCACAUAGAUAUAUUAUAUACACAAAGAAGAUGUACUGCUAGCAGUCCAAUCAAUGGAUUUCUAUGACGACAUUCUAAUCUAUCCUGUAGUGUUAUAUCUAGAGUAGACAGGGAUAUUGGUGUGUUCAGGAGGGGCACAGGGUUAAUUCUGCCCAGAAUACGGUCGUUGUUAAGUUAUUAUUUCUGUGCGACCCGGUAGCAAAUGCGCCAUGGACCGGUACCGGUCCGCGGCCCGGCAGAUGGGGACCCCUGUCCAAACAAGUUGAAUAAAUAUUAUCAAGCUUCAAAACGUUUCGUUGGGCAUGCUUGGUUGUCAAUGGGACAUCAAUAUUACAAAUUUUGACCCAAAAAAUUGGGAUUGGGACCAAAAUGUUGAUUAUAAUUGGUCAGUGAAGAAAACAACAGUUUGGACAUGAAGGUUAUGGCGUGCUGAGAAAAGGGACCCAACCAGGUCAUUGUGAACAUGUUUUUUUCUUGGAAAUAUAAAGGCAACAUCAAAGGCAUGCAAAUUCGGACAAAACAGGCUCAGGUGUUAAAGGGUUAAAACUGAGAUGACGGGGUGCUACAUAGGUUGAAAUCCUGCAAUAGCUUAGAAAAAAAGACUCAAAUAUGAAAGAUUCAUAUCCCGAAAUUACGGAUAGAAAACAUUAUAACUAACCACAAGUUCAUGAUACUAUCCUUCCAACCAAUUUUGGAACAUUUAUUUGUGUGCUUGAUCAACAACUGUGUUUGAAGUAAUGUGCUGUAAUGAUGUUGUAAUUAUACCUAAAGAAUGCUCACAUAUUGCAGGUAAAUGCGGAGAUGCCGGUAAUGUUAUCUUAAAGAACAGUGCAGCAUAGAAAGUGGUUGCACAUGGUGCAUUCUCACAGACAGGGGCGACUGUUACCAAAGCACGAGGGGUGUGUCUUGACAUUCAGCUGAGUUCAGAGCAUUGUUUAGGCUCAGAGUGGGCUAUCAGGAGAUAGUGGAGGCUGGAUAAAUGUUACCUCAUGACAGCUGCGUGGUGUUUUGCUGACACUCUUAAGGGAGUUCAUUUAUGUCAGCUCCAGACUUUCAUUUCAUGGAAAUAUGGAGAUAUUUAAUUGGCAUUUGGUAAGUCACUGCACAGUGAUUUUUUUAAUGUGCCUUUUUAUUAUUCGUUUGGCGGUUUUAGCUUCACUCCUUUUGGUCAUUUGAAUUUCGACAAAAUGGUUAUGGUUUUCAAGUGUAUAUGUUCUGUAUGUUCUGCUGGCUGAGUUAGUGUGUUGGCACACUUUGUCUCACUUUAAAGUUUUACUCAAAUUAAAAAAUGGAUUUUUCCACAAAUGUUGCAGUGGAAUUACCUUUUUAAUUGUGCAGCCCUUGGGGGAUUUCAAUUUAGAGGUUCUACUUUACUGACUUACAGUAAGUCACAGAACUGAAGAAAGGUCAGCAAGCUACCUGUGUCCUAUUAACGCGGCCACCUGCAGUUGUUAAAUAAGCGGACCCCCCUCGCAAAACUAGUUUACUGCUGGGAAAUUACAAUAGCGAGGUAACUUAUGCUACUUUUUAUGCGCAAUGGAGUACUAUAUAAAAGCUAAUGAUGUUGAAUUGCAACAGCCCAGCUGUAAUAUGAGAUUCUGUGCUCUGUGAUUGAGGCGCAUAAUCGCAUUUUUUUAAUCAUUUGUGGACCAAAUUGAAAAAAUUGAAUGAUAUUUUUUGAAAAUCAUGAUUAUUGUUUUAUGGAACAUUAUGCACUAUUGUUGUAGAAAACAGUUUUGGGAGGAAUACACACAGGUCUGCUAAUUGUUUAGAAUUUCCUACUAAAUUCUUGUUUUAAAAAAAAAAAUCAGGCAAGGACAAAACACACAAACAUCCUUUCCAGAAGACGCUCAAGCAUUCCAACAAUUCCGUUUCCCUUCCUACUACCACGGAAUGCCAGGUAUUGGCAUUGUUGAUUUUACAAAAGCGAAAACAUUGUAAAUUCUUCAAAAUUUUGCAGCAUGAGCUCUUAGAAGAGUGAAGGUCUUUUUGCUCUGUUGUCAAACUUGCAUUACAAAUGCUUGUAGCAGAGGCUUUGUAGAAGAUAUUAAAAGAUCUAGAAUGGAAUGGACGAUGUCUUUUUGACCUCUUGUCAUGCAGAGGGCUUAUUGUGUAUCUUAUAUUUAUUCCCGGCCACACUCAUGUAUGAUUACAGCUUAUGUGUGGAGUUUAAAUGCAUUUUCUGUGUUUCACUCUGGUCAAGUUUCCAAUUGUUGUUGGAACAUGUUUGACCUGCAGUAAAGUUGACUCACAUAGCUAUGUCUUUGACAAGGGAUCGGGUUUCUUUAGUAUGCGUGCAAGUAUGUGUGAAUGCACUUUUUAAUUUUAGGUAUGCACCUCCGAGUACAUUUACGGCCGUUUAUAUGGGUGUCUUCGGGUAUGAGGGGACCUGAGUGGAUUUGUAACAAGGGGGUCAACUGUCCUCGUACACUCUCAGCUGUGCUCUCGCAGCACUGUCUCCGUCAAUCAACUCUGGUCCCUGCAAUCAAUGCGCUCUCCCACAGCAUAUUAUUUAAAAGCCUGCAUGGAGAUAUGGACUUAGCACCUGUUUCUUGAUGGGAAAAGACAAGUUUGUUUUGUAAAACAGUAAUCGUUAUUUUCAUUUCAAGUUGAAGACUUUAGGCAUUGUCAAGUAUCGGCAGUAAGCAGUCAAUUAUUAAGUGAUAUUGGUGUAUCCCUUAAGACGCAACGACUUGGUUUAGUACAGUGCUUCUAAAUCAUUUUCUGGUAUGACCCCCCCCCCCCCACACCCAAUGACAUAAAUGUUUUUGCACCCCACCAAACUCUCUUUAAAUAGUAUCAUUUGUCGAUAAAUUUACUAUUAUAAGUACACAUCUGCCUAACAUUGUGUCCUUUUUUUCUAUUAAAGAUAAAAAGUAUCAUAGAUCAACUUAUAAUAAAGUAUAACAUCAUUAACAUUGUUUUGUUUGUAACCGAAAAGACUUGAAGCGCAUCAAUUUGCCUGAAUUAAAAAAAAAAAAAAAAAAAAAAAAGUCACAUCCAAACUGUAAAAAUGCUUAAGGAACAUUUUUGACCAUUUGAUACUGAAAAAUAAAAUGUAAUAAAAUCAAUACAUAAUAAUAAAUUCAAAUUGAUUAGCAACAUUCACUCAUGAGGACAAUAUGCCAAAAAAUUGACCGAAAAAACAAAACUAAAUAGAAGAAAAACAACAGUGUCAUUGGCCGGAGGGAUGGUUUUUAUUUUUGCUGCUCGCAGUAGCACCUCCUUUGCAAUGUUUGCAAUGGUGUGGGGUUAUUUUGCACUGAGCAUGCUAACAGUGCUAACUGCUUUACUGAUGUAACACUGACAAAGCGGGACGAUUGUUGUCAAUAUUCGGCACGUUUUUGCUGAAAAACAAUUAAGCGUCUUAUCAAUGAGAUUGGGGUCUCAUGUCUUUAAGUGACGUCUUAAUUGAUUUGGUUCCCGCUUUCCGUUACAAUCAUUUUUAGAUAAAGUAAACAAAGUAAUCUUUCCUCGUCUCCCACUGUAUUAAAAGUCAAAGCCAAAUGACCCGAAAACAGCACGUUCUCAGCGGCCGUGGGAGAGUCGGAGUUGAGGGCGGUCGUCGUGACGAUCCCAAGCCAAAAUUGGCACUUCUCGGAUGGACAAGUGAGAACCAGAAAAGACAGUGGGUCGCAGCGUUAGCCUAGCCGGAAAACGGCGCACAGCUCUCCAUAUCGCUUUGCUGUGUGCUCUUACUUGGUUCAAAAAUACUGCGCACACUCUGAAAACACUCUGAGAGCGCUACUGCCACCCACUGAGUGGAUGUGCAACUUAAGUACACUAUAUUCUAGUACGGCAAAAAACAGUAUGUUCCCCGAGGUCUCAUGAGCCACCCCUGGCAUCGCUGUGCGCCCCCCUGGGGCCCCACAAUUUGAGAAGUACUGGUUUAGUAACACUUCCGUAUGCUCUAUAUGCAUUGAUUUAGUUCCAUAGAUUGCUGAUCUACCAUUGAUUACACUCAUCCCCUGCAUCCCUGACAGUCUCCAUAGAAACAGAACAAUGUAAUAUUUUUGAUAAAUGUCUUUGUAUUGGAUUCCAUGAGCUUGUAGUGGCUAUUAUAUGUAAGAAAAAGGGAAAUCAAUGGCAACUGUUGAUUACAAUUCUAAUUUGACAACCUGUGUCAUACAGUGCUCUGGCAAUGUGCUUAUGUUUGACUGAUUCAUAUUUUUCCCUACUGAUAGAUUUCUUUUUCUAUUUGGAUCAGUUCAUGCAUUAAGGAGCUGCACACGCCAAUUAUAAAUCAACAAUCAUUGUUACUUCUUAGAACAACUUAUAAUCAGCCUUAAUGCUAUAUCUAGUAUUCUGGACUGGAUUUGGUAUAUUUAUGACUGAGUAGAUGAAUGCGCUGUAAUAUCUUUUGGCCCUAUUCGUUAAUUCAUGUUCGAUAGUUGGCUGCAUGUUCGAUCACUUUGUUAAGGUUCAAUUAUCUGUGCUGCUUAUUUCAUGGAACCAAACAGCACUCAAAACUUAACGAAGCUAUUUAUAUGUACAGUGGUGCCUUGAGAUUGAGUGACCUGACUUUUUUUUCCAAGAAAAGAGGUUCUGCUUAUAUUUUUUCCCUUUCCUUUGAAUUUUGAGCAGAAAUUUAAAAUGUGAAUGGGUUGCAGUAAACUCAACAUACUUCACAACAAGCAAUGGAAACUACAGUGUCACUGAGUUUUAACCUGUAAAUUGACUGAUAUUUGAAUGCAACAGUGAAACAACACAGUACAGUGGUACCUCGACAUACGAUCGCUUUCGACACACAAUCUUUUCGACAUCCGACGUAAAAUUAGACUCACCAUUUGUUUCUACAUCCGACGACAUGCUCGAAAUACAACGAUUUAUGACGCCGCCACAAUUUCUUUGUUUUGCCGGAAGACUGACACACGGUGGAUUUUCUUGUGAGAGAAAACACGGGUUCCAAGGUUAGUGCAGGUGGUGUAAAAGGAAAAAGGUGAAAUUUACCAUUGAAAUGAAGAUGGAAAUGAUAGAAAAAUAUGAGCGUGGUGUGCGCAUCAGUGAACUGGCCCCACAAUACAUAAAAUAAAAUGUCACUGAUCUCGACGGUCCUACCUUUGUUGCUAGCUUCGUCGUGUUUCUAAUCAUUUGUUCCAUCAACUUGUGCAACACAACACGCCUACUGUCCGCCGCAGUUGAAGCCAGCAACAAAACAUUGAAAGAGAAAGUAAAAUCUCUACCGUACUCUCUAUCUCACUGUCAUGUCAGCCACGCAGUGCGUUCAGGUACAGGACACAAAAAAUGUUGGACACAUUAGAACCCGAAUUGUUAUAUUAUUACAGGAUUUAUUAAUAUUAUAAUUAGAAGCGUGCAAAAUUUCCGAUUUUUAGAUUAUUCGCGAUUCGGCCGUGGAAAAUUCGAGAACGAUUCACAAACAUCCAAAUUCCGAUUAUUCAAUUAUACCAGGUAAAGCGGAACUAAAACACAGUCAGCGCGGUCUUCAGGACGCAAUGACGAAUGGACCGAGAGUAAAUAUCAUGUUCAAGUCAUGCCGCUAGAUAAAAAAACAAUAAUACCUGACUGCGGCCGACAGCUGCUACAAACAACGCCCAGUUGCUAGUUGCUACAAACAUACCGCCACAUAAUGCUACGGUGGAUAUCACAUUUAUAUGGAACUAGAUGCGAAAUAACAGACGACGGUGGCAUUAGAACAUGUAUAGAGAACUAGAUUAAAAAAUGACAGACUUGCUGGUGUUAGUAAACAGCAGUCAUCUUAAAGCAGUAGACUUCUCUGGAAAGCUCUCUAGUAGCGGACCUAACUUUAUAUCUAUAAUACUACUGAAUCGGCAAAAUCUUGACUUAAAUCUAUCUUUAAAUGAUGUAAGUGUUUUAAAACUUUCGUAUGUCGAAAGUAGACAGAAGGGAAAUAAUGGAAUAAUUGGAGAAAUUUUAACAACUUUAACGGUUGAUUCACAACAUUAAAUUAAUUGAAUGUAGUUUAAAGCUGUUGAUACGGAAUGGGGACUUGUGUAUUUUAUUUACUGUUUUGAACUGUUAACUUGAUACUGAAAUAGUACUUUGGUUUAGCCUGAAAGGAUUUUUGAACAAUUUUGGAACAAAUGUACACAAUAUUA